AUGUGGCCUGAUCUCGAUGGUCACGCCUCCAGAUGCAAGCCAGCAACACCGACUAUGGAUUUGAGAAUGAGGCGGUGGCAGAAACCAAGUGGCGCAGGAUUUCGCAGGGGAUGUGAUACGCCCAUGAGGAACAGCUCCCGCAUGGCAAGUCAGGACAACAACGAGCCCAACGCAUAUGUGGCGAAAUCACAACCGCCCAUGACAGCAGGACCAGCACAGCGACAGGGUAAUGAACUCCACGACGGUGGUACCAUGACGCGGAUAAUGAUGCGCACAACGGACCAGCCCACUGCCAACACAGUACUUGAAUGGGAGACUCAGAGGGCAGGGCAGCCUUGGGAUGGUGCGGAUUUCUAUGUGUCACUUGGUUAA